AUGGCGUACUCGCUGAAGAGCAAGUACCAGUGCUACAAGGCUGACACGGCUACUAUUGCCAAGUGGCUGGCGUCGACUGCAAACGCAUAUGGCUAUGGCCUUGGAGAUAAUGCUAGCCUCAAGAUUGUAUCCUCCCCUGGUGGAAGACUGAAGGGCAAGGCAAGAAAGGCUGCAAAGGAAGCAAUCCUUCGUGAGAAGAUGAACAAGGCGAAGGUGACAUCUAGCGGAACAAUUGCGGGAGAGAGACAAACACAUCACAUCAAAAUCAAGGACUUUGAGCCCAUGGCAGAGUUUCUAUCGAAAGUGGAUGACUUGGAACUCCCACCAGCUUUCGGAACUACUCUUGACAGAGUCAUUCGUGUGCGAAAUGAAUUCGCCAAUCAACUCUAUGCGACUAGAGAAGUCGAUGAUGAUGCUGCGGAGAGCCACUCAUAUUUCGUUCAAGUUCUCGAAAAAGUGCGAGCUCAUCUGUCGAAACAUUUCGUGGAGAAGCCCAAGGUACCAAACCCAAGAAUCAACGGCCAAUCCGAGAAGAAGCUUCGAGAAAAUGACAAUAUCUUACACAAUAUGUUUAGCGUGCUUGAGGUGUACGCUCCCUCUGCUGAGGCAGAAAGCGCACCUACGCUUACUCCCACUUAUCAACCUAAGGUGGAGGACAAUAUUGAAUAUGUUGUUGAAGAGGCAGAUGAUAUUGGAGCUAUAGAGUUUGCAUUUGCAGCCCUGCUGAAGGAUCUUGCUGAUCUCAGGGCAGAAGUUCUGUCACUAUGGGCAGACUACCAAUGUGGUCGCCGUGAGUUGGCUACUGUUGCAGCCGCAAUCCAUGUUUCAAGCGAGAUGGCACGAGCCAUAGAGAAUGACGUGACGAUGCUGAUAGCGAAAGGCGGUGGCGCUCACAAACUCGCGUUUUCUUGGGUUUCAAAGGUUGCCUUCUGGGCGGGUAUCGACAUGGAGCAAAAGACAAAGAGUGCUGGGCCAUAUAACAUGGAGGCGUAUGAGCUGGCGAAAUCAUGUUUCUUUAACACGCUAGAAAUCUUUCAAGUGUGGCGUGCAUGUACUGGAGGUGCAGAUGCUUUUCCGGCAUGUACCGUGGAAUUUCCUCCACAGACUUUUGAGAUUGACGACACGGCCUCGCCAAAUUUGAUCCAAUUGACUCGAGACGCAGCUGCUAUAUGCGACAUGCUGCCUGAUUUGUCAACUUUAGCAACCAUAUUUAGAGGCAAAAUGGGCCUGGUUACUGAUGAGCUGGUCGCUGGCCUGUGGGAUAUCGCACAGUCGGAGACCAAGGAGGCGCCGCUCUAG